GCGCUCUGUGUCGGUGUCGUGAGGACCCAGCGGAACCCCAGAGACUGUAGGCGGAAGCAACGUAGCACUAGGACCUGGAGGGUGUCCGACGGUGUUGUGGCCCUUUAGGCCGCUGUUGAAGCCUGGAUUGGGAGUUGACAGAAGGGGAGUGCUUUUAAUCACAGACACGGGAUGGAUUUGUUUGAAGAUCUGCCGGAGCCUGGUGAGGAGAGGCGGGUUUUGAGCUGGAGGCUGAUUUUACUCGGAGGAGAUGCUCAGAAAUCAAAGCCGUCACUUUUCGAUAACCUGCCAGACACAAGGAACCCAGACGUAGAGGCUUCUGUUUCUGACCUGUUUGGAGAGCUUCCAGAAACACAGAAUGACUUGAAGGCAGAGAAACGCAAGUGGUCAAACCAGAAUGGAUCCAAGGAACAUGAGGAGAAGAAGCCCUGUAAAGGAUUUGUGACCUUAAAAGGUUAUGCUGCGGAGAGAAAAGGUGAGCGAGAAGAAAUGCAGGAUGCACAUGUUAUAAUCGACAAUUUCACAACAAGUUUUACACAGCUACCUUCAGAAGUAUCUCGAUUGUCAUACUUUGCUGUCUUCGAUGGCCAUGGUGGCAUACGAGCAUCCAAGUAUGCAGCGCAGAAUCUUCACCUUAAUCUCACCAGGAGUUUUCCCAAAGGAGAAGUGACGAAUAUGGAAAAGGCCAUCAAGAAGUGCCUUCUCAUGACCUUCAAGCAGACAGAUGAUGGCUUUCUGAAGCAAGCAUCAAGCCAAAAACCUGCCUGGAAGGAUGGAUCCACUGCCACAUGUGUUCUACUGGUGGACAAAGACUUGUACAUUGCAAACCUUGGUGACAGCAGGGCUAUUCUGUGUCGAUUCAGUGAGACAAGCAGGAAACUGACAGCCGUGCCACUGGUGAAGGAACAUAAUCCUACCCAAUACGAUGAAAGAAUGAGAAUUCAGAAAGCAGGAGGGAUAGUAAGGGAUGGUCGCGUGAUGGGUGUGCUGGAGGUGUCGCGCUCUAUUGGAGAUGGGCAGUACAAGCACUGUGGUGUUAUCUCAGUACCAGAUGUCAGACGCUGUCCAUUAACAUUCAACGACAGGUUUAUUCUCCUGGCUUGCGAUGGAUUAUUCAAAGCCUUCUCCCCAGAAGAAGCCAUCCUCUUUGUUGCAGCAAUACUUGAGGAUGAGACCCUGACAGCAAGGACUGGGAAAACUUCACAGGACGUGCGAUUUGAAACUGCCUGUAACAGAUUAGCGAAUGAGGCCGUGCGCCGGGGAUCUGCUGACAAUGUGACCAUAAUUUUGGUAGCUAUCAGUCACUAGCUGCUGAGGAACUGUCUUCACUUUGAGCAACCUGCAAGUUAUUGGGGGUGACCAGGAGGGAUUGUAGAUCCCAGAAAGAAAGACUAAACAAACUCAGGCCACUUAUGGAACUUGAUAAUAAAAUGCAUAUCUUUAUUUACCCACUUAAUCUCAUCUCGCCAUUGACCAACACUCCUACAUUUAAACCUCCAUGCACCUGACUAGUGGCAUAUCUUUUGACAAAAAGCUGUGCUUAGUGACAUGGGCUGACUCUUAAGAGCUUUUUCCCAAUGAAAUAAAUGCACAGAAGUAUCAAGCUGUUCCUGGAGCUCCUAUAGCUAUAGUGACACCUGUAAAAAUUGGUUUCCCUGAAUUUAUCUGGCCAGAGAUUGAUUCAAGAAAUUAACAAACACAGCUACACCAGGAAAGAAACUUUAGUAUUGUCCUCCCAGACCAGAUUGCAAUAUUUGAGAGUUAAAUUUUAUUAUUUUUCAUGCUGUUGUUACUGUUGCCUUUUUUGUUCGUGUUGUGCUGGUAUUGUAUGUAUUCAUUAGAUUCUGGAUAAAGUCAAUUCCUUUGCAAAUAUCUCUAAGUUAUAGUGAUUUUGCUCAUCUGCUUGCUGCUUCUCAGAGAGGCAGAUGUGAGGAAGUUUGUCAGACCUGGUUUUCAUUGAAUUAAAAUGAACACUGAAUUAAUUGCAGACAGGCAAAUAUCACUCUCAGAAGGGUUACAUAAUCCACCAUUAUGCCAGAAUCAAGUAGCCCAAUAAGCUGCAGCUUCCUUCUCCUCGAAGGGUCAACUGUUCAUCCUGAUUGUACUGAAGAGCCAUGUGAUUAUGAUUAGCUGCAAAGUCUCAACAACAAGUGAUGAUCUAACUUAAGUGUAUAAGAUUUGUGGACGAUUAGUUACUGAGGCUCUGCACUGGUCUCUUAACUCUUGACUUAGUAUGACUAUAAGAAGCUAAUCGUGUAACACCAGCAAGGACAUGUCUGCUCCAACCAUGGUUUUGAAUCCUGAAGCACAUGCAUUUUAUAGUCUGUUUUUAUAUCCACUCCCGUUGUAACACUUGUUUCAGUGACAACAUUAAGGAUGCUGGUUGACAAUUUUCAUGGCAAAAUCAUCAGAUAUGACUCUUUGUGUAGAAUUUUCUUCAAUAUAAAUGUGGAAUUAUUUAGAAGAUGUUUUCCAUCAGUCUAGAAUUUGUUUUGAUGGCUCUAACAUACCUUCAAAGCAAAAGCCCAUUAAAGACUGAGAUUCAACUGAUGACAUUGGGUAGUUAUUCUCAAUGCUGGGGAGCUAUACAUCAUAGCUACCCUUCAAGUAUUUGAACACAGUUUUAAAAAGGUCAUGAGCCUUGGCCUCAAUCUUAGCAAUUAAUGUAGUCAAAAAGGCCCCAGUCUUUACAGUUUGAUUAAUUUGACCUAAAAUCACCCAAAAUUUUUAUAACUGAUCAUAUCAUUCACUUCUUGAUUUUUAAGUGUCCGUGGACAUGAAUACAUACAGUGCAGGGUCAAGGGAAGCAAUAAUUUCAGACUGUUUUUGAAAUUUGUGGGUAAGAACAUAGGAUUAAACCUGUUAUCUAUUAUAUGUUAUCAUCUACACAAUAAUGAUACCAGCAGCAUCUGCAUGUCACAGGCCCAUGUAUUGGGAUCUUGCAAAAGCAGCAGACAGCUCUCCCUGCUGCCCAUCUUUGCUGAUUGUCACUUUGGGAAA